AUGUUUGAUUUUGGAAAGUUGGGUGGUGCAGGAGGAGGAGGAGCAGUAAUGGUACUAAUGAGUGUGGCGGCAAUAUGCUUCACUAUCUGCUUCAAUGGUUCUGCAACAUCUGCUCGAUUGCCGACCUUUCGCAACAAACUUCUCGAGAAUGGACUUGGCCUAGCUCCUCAAAUGGGAUGGAACAGCUGGAACCAUUUCCAAUGUAACAUCAACGAAGCGUUGAUCAGGGAAACAGCUGAUGCAAUGAUAUCGACUGGACUUUCCGCGCUCGGAUAUGAAUAUAUAAACCUUGAUGAUUGCUGGGCAGAACUCAAUAGAGACUCUCAGGGGAAUCUUGUGGCCAAAUAUUCUACUUUCCCUUCUGGAAUUAAGGCGCUGGCAGAUUAUGUUCAUGGAAAAGGAUUGAAACUUGGAAUCUACUCUGACGCUGGAACUCAGACGUGUAGUAUGCAAAUGCCGGGAUCACUAGGAUAUGAGGAUCAAGAUGCAAAAACAUUUGCCUCAUGGGGGAUUGAUUACUUGAAGUACGACAAUUGCAACAACAAUAAUAUCAGCGCCAAGGAAAGGUAUCCUGUAAUGUCCAAGGCUUUACUGAAUUCUGGGAGGUCAAUAUUUUACUCUUUGUGUGAAUGGGGCCAAGAAGAUCCUGCAACUUGGGCAAAGUCUGUUGGGAACAGUUGGAGAACAACUGGAGACAUUAAAGAUAGCUGGGACAGCAUGACUUCUCUCGCGGAUCUCAACGACAAAUGGGCAUCCUAUGCUGGGCCAGGUGGAUGGAAUGAUCCGGACAUGUUGGAAGUUGGAAAUGGAGGAAUGAACGCCAAAGAAUACCGAUCACAUUUCAGCAUAUGGGCAUUAAUGAAAGCGCCUCUGAUAAUUGGGUGUGAUAUUCGAUCAAUGGACAAUGUGACACUGGCACUCUUAAGCAAUGAAGAGGUUAUUGCCGUGAACCAAGAUAAACUCGGCAUUCAAGGGAAAAAGAUAAAGAAAGAUGGGGAUUUAGAGGUGUGGGGAGGACCCCUAAGCGGAAAUAGAGUUGCCAUUGUUUUAUGGAACAGAGGAUCUACAAAAGCUAAAAUUACUGCUCACUGGUCGGAUGUAGGGCUUAGUUCAUCAACAAUGGUUGAUGCACGAGACCUUUGGAAGCGUUUGACUCAUAGUUCAGUGAAAGAACAUAUCUCGGCUUCUUUGGAUCCCCAUGACUGCAAAAUGUACAUUCUGACGCCAAAGUAA